UAGAAUUUUAAAUCAUAAUUAUAUGCAUAACAAAAGAAGGAAUAGGAAAAUCAUUGAAGAUGAAGAAUUAGAGAAUUAAUCUUCCAAAUUAUAUCUUUCGUAAAAUUAAAAUAACUCGUAACAAAAAAAUUGCUCUCCCAAUAAGCAAUUAUGCACUAUAUGUUUAGAAGAACUAACCUCCCCUUUAUCCUAACUUUAAUGUAAACAUCUUUUUUGUUAAAUAUGUUUUGAUUAAUUAAUGAUUGUGAUCAAAAAAUUAUAGUGCCCAAUAUGUAGAUAACCAUUUUAAUAUGUAUUACAUUCAUAAUUUUUAGUAUGAUUUAUAUUGUAAUUAAGAUGGAAUUUUAGUUUGGAUUCGAAGAUCAGAGAAUUUUUAAGAAAAGAAAAGUAACCAAGGUUAAUCAAGUGGUUCGGAUUAAGAGGAAAGUAUAUUUUAGGAAAACUAUUUAAACACACCUUCUUAAAGUAUAGAAAGUGCUUCAUUUUCUGAAGUUUGCUAAGUUUGCCUCUGCAAUGAAAAUGAUGAUUAAAUGAUUUAUUGUUAAUAAUGUCGAAGUCUAAUCGGUCAUGAUUAUUGUAUUUCUGAGGAUGAAAGAAUUAGAGAUUUAUGUUUUAACUGCUAAAAUUAAUGA